GGCCAUCUUGGUCGCGGCCGGCGCGGCAGACGGAGCCGCGGAAGAAGCCGCGGAGACCCAGGGCCCAGAACAAUCCACCCCCCUGUGCAGCCCGCCUUGGCCUAGUGAGGUCUGCGUUAAAAGAGCCGCUUCCGGAAUCGGCAUCCCCCAGGGCCUGCCCCACCUGCCUGGCCCCGGCUGUGCUCGGCCCUCGGCUCCGUCUGCCCUGCCUUCUUGUUUGGCCUUCUCAGCCGCUCUGAGUGUUGAACCCCGCCCUUUCCCUGAUUCCUGUCGGGGUCUACCCAAUUUUAGCAUUACAGGUGCUCAGGUUCUGGGCUACCCACACCCCCUUCUCCCAGCCCACCCGUCUCAGCCUUAGGCUGACCUCUGGCCAACAUGGUCCAACCCCAGACAUCAAAAGCUGAAAGCCCGGCCUCGGCAGCAUCUACCAAUGCCCAAAUGGAUGACGUCAUCGACACCCUGACCUCCCUGCGCCUCACCAACUCCGCGCUGAGGCGGGAGGCCUCUACCCUGCGGGCAGAGAAGGCCAAUCUCACCAACAUGCUGGAGAGCGUGAUGGCAGAGCUGACCUUGUUACGCACCAGGGCCCGGAUUCCGGGGGCGCUGCAGAUCACCCCGCCCAUCUCCGCAAUUACCUCCAACGGGACCCGACCAAUGACCACGCCUCCAACCUCUCUGCCCGAGCCCUUUUCUGGAGACCCCGGCCAGCUGGCAGGGUUCUUGAUGCAAAUGGACAGGUUCAUGAUCUUCCAGGCCUCCCGCUUCCCAGGUGAGGCUGAACGAGUGGCGUUCCUUGUGUCCCGGCUGACCGGGGAGGCAGAGAAGUGGGCGAUCCCCCACAUGCAACCUGACAGCCCCUUGCGAAACAACUAUCAGGGAUUCCUGGCAGAGUUGCGGAGAACCUACAAGUCUCCACUCCGGCAUGCACGGCGCGCCCAAAUCAGGAAGACUUCUGCCUCUAAUCGGGCCGUGCGGGAGCGGCAGAUGCUGUGCCGCCAGCUGGCUGCGACAGGCACGGGGCCUUGCCCGGUGCACCCAGCCUCCAGCGGGACUAGUCCAGCUCCGGCUCUGCCCAGCCGAGCUCGGAACCUUUAAGAAUCGGCCACCACCCGGGUCGCAUCUACAGCCACGCAGACAGCAUACACCCUUUGCUACAUAGAAGAAAUGUCCGUAGGACAGCAUCACCCUUGUUUGAAGACAUUCGUCCCUGCCUCUCCAGACCUGUACCAUAAGGAGAUCUUCCUUCAUCACUCUUGGGCGCCCUGUCACCCACCUUGCUUCCUAGUGAUCUGUGCUAUAGCUUUGUCCCCACCGUGCAUGCUUCCCCUCUCUUGCUUGCCGCCCCAGCUCUCCUGGUGACCACGGCUCUGCUGCUUGGCCACAGUGACCCCACAGCCCGCUGCCGAUCAUUUGGGCUGAUCUCUCCCAGCCUGACUAGGUUCAUGGAUGCUCCUACUCCACCCUGUGCAGGCCCCCCUGGCAACUCCCUGCUGAUGAUAGAGGGGAGCCACUUU